AUGUUUACUAAAAGGUGUCUGUCAAAUCUAAAGCUUCAGAAGCAUCUUAGCAUUUCAAGAUUUUCAACAACUACAAACCCACCUCCGAAGGAUUUACUUGAAUUAUUGUUCACAAAAAUAGUAAAAGAAAGAAAAUCUCCAUGUUUUGAAGUUUAUGGGUCCCAAAUUGAGAUCCUCACUUCCCCUGAGGACUACUAUCUAGCUUUGCACAAGUUGGCAUUAGAGUCCCAGUUCAGGAUAAACAUGAGUGCGCUGUACCUUGGCACUGGCACUAAAGAGCUCUUCUUUCUUGAAAGAAUCUCAAGAAGAUUAGAAGAGAAUCCUGAGAUUAAAUUCAAUAUGAUUUUGGAUUAUUCCAGAGGGAGAAGAAUUGACAAAGAAGGCAAAAGCAGUGAAAAUAUGCUUCUAAGCCUUUUAAAGGCUAAUUUUUCUCACAAAUUCUUAAGAGCAGCACUUUUUAAGCAACCAAGUUGGAUGCCUCGAGCAGAUACAGGGCCAAUCCGAAUGCUUUCUGAGGUUUUAGGAGUUCAUCAUAUGAAAGCACAUGUAUUUGAUAAUAAUGUAUUGAUAACUGGAGCUAAUUUAUCUGAAGAUUAUUUUACCAAUAGGCAAGAUAGAUGCUAUAUAAUCAGGCAAAGUCCAAGAGUUGCAGAUUAUUUCGAUGACUUAUUAAAUGCUCUAUCAAAUUGAUCUUAUCAUAUAUGAGCUGGAGAACCAAAAGUCCAGAAGUUUUACCCGGAAGUAUCCAAUAAGAACAAGUUCAAGAAUACCCUUGCGCAUCACCUUAAGCUCUUCAGAUGGGCUCAGAAGACAGAUAUUCCUGUUGGCAAAGAGCUAGAAUGUGAUGAGUUUUUCAAUGGGGAACAGCAAGGCCAUCCCCACGCACUCCUGAGUUAUGAUGGCCAGGAUCAGGACUUGAAAGAAACAGUUCCAAAGCACAAGAAACCUCAAAAAGAUGUAGAAGAAGAAGCAAACGAGUUCUCUAAAGAUUCAAAGCAAGAGGAUAAAUAAAAAGGUGAGAGACCUUAUUCAGAAAGUCAACGCUUUCUCAUCUCAAAAAUCAGAACCAAGGAAGAAAGGGGAUCUUGGUGGCAGAGUCUUCAUAUUUCCUGCUUUGCAGUUCAAUAUGGUCAACAUCCGGGAGGACGAAGAGCUAUUUGUUCAGAUUCUUGAACACCUCACUAAAAAGGAAGGAGCAAAGAUAGAUUUUUGUUCUGGAUAUCUUAAUAUUAUGGACUCAUAUCUGAACCCAAUUAAAAGUUCAAAGGCAGAAGUUAACCUCCUAACUGCAGCACCUAGCGCCAAUGGCUUCUAUAAAGCAGGAUUUGUGAAGAAGUGGAUCCCUUAUUUUUACAGAGAAUAUGAGAAAAGAAUCCUUAAGAAGUCUAAAGGGAAUGAUAGCGUGAAGCUUUAUGAGUACCAAAGGAAAAACUGGACAUACCAUGCUAAAGGAGCUUGGUUCUAUGAGAAAGGCAAUGACCCUAAUCUCACUGUUAUUGGGAGCAGCAAUUACAGUUAUAGAUCUAACAGGAGAGAUACUGAGGCUCAACUGUAUAUCUAUUCUCAAUGAGAUGACUUAAACGCUAGAAUGAAGGAAGAAGCUGAGCAAAUGUUUAGUUCUGCCCAAAGAGUUACUCUAGAUGAUAUUAAAAAGGACAAGGAUGUAAAAUUGGGAUCAAGGACAUAUUUCCUCUCCAAAAGGCUGAAAACCUUGUUCUAAUCAGUAUAGCAUAAUAGAAAAUUCUCAUUGGUCUUCCAGAAAUAUCAUCAGUAGGGAUCUAUUAUUUUAAAUUGGGCUACACAAUUUUAA